GGAGUUAAACCUUACACCUGUGACUUGUGUGGAAAGUCUUUUAACCGAGCUGAAAGCUUAAAAACACACCAACUCAUCCACAGUGGAGUUAAAGCGUACACCUGUGACUUGUGUGGAAAGUCUUUUACCCUGGCUCAAAGCCUAAAAACACACCAAGUCAUCCACAGUGGAGUUAAAGCGUACAGUUGUGACUUGUGUGGAAAGUCUUUUACCCAUGCUCAAAGCCUAAAAACACACCAACGCAUCCACACUAGAGUUAAAGCUUACAACUGUGACCUGUGUGGAAAGUCUUUUACCCAGGCUGGAAACUUAAGAACUCACCAACUCAUCCACAGUGGAGUUAAAGCUUACAGAUGUAACCUGUGUGGAAAGUCUUUUACCCAGACUGGAAGCUUAAAAAAACACCAAGUCAUCCACAGUGGAGUUAAAGCUUACAGCUGUGACUUGUGUGGAAAGUCUUUUGCCCUGGCUCAAAGCCUAAAAACACACCAAGUCAUCCACAGUGGAGUUAAAGCGUACAGUUGUGACUUGUGUGGAAAGUCUUUUACCCUGGCUCAAAGCCUAAAAACACACCAACGCAUCCACACUAGUGUUAAAGCUUACAACUGUGACCUGUGUGGAAAGUCUUUUACCCAGGCUGGACACUUAAAAACACACCAACUCAUCCACAGUGGAGUUAAACCUUACACCUGUGACUUGUGUGGAAAGUCUUUUAACCGAGCUGAAAGCUUAAAAACACACCAACUCAUCCACAGUGGAGUUAAAGCGUACACCUGUGACUUGUGUGGAAAGUCUUUUACCCAGGCUGGACACUUAAAAACACACCAACUCAUCCACAGUGGAGUUAAAGCUUACAGCUGUGAGUUGUGUGGAAAGUCUUAUACUCUGGCUCGAUGGCUAAAAAGACACCAACUCUUCCACAGUGGAGUUAAACCUUACAGCUGUGAGUUGUGUGGAAAGUCUUUUACCCAGGCUGGAAACUUAAAAAAACACCAACUCAUCCACAGUGGAGUUAAAGCGUACACCUGUGACUUGUGUGGAAAGUCUUUUACCCUGGCUCAAAGCCUAAAAAAA